GGAGCAUCGGGUCAAGUGAUUCCCAAACUGUCCAUAUCUGAUGUCAACUAUCAGGAAUGGCCGCUUUCCCCCUGCUCCUCAUUGGUGCUGUGCUCCUACAGGAGCUGCCGCCAGCAUACACCGCAGGACUGUUCCGCUCCAGACCAGAGGCUAGUGGUGUGCUUCGGAGGCAGAAGCGGCACAACUCAGGCUUUUUUGAGGAGUUUAUGGAAGGCAACAUAGAACGCGAGUGCAUUGAAGAAGUCUGUGACCUGGAGGAGGCCAGAGAGGUCUUUGAGAAUGACGAGAAGACGAUGGUCUUUUGGCAGAGCUACUUAGAUGGAGACCAGUGUAAACCAUCUCCGUGCAAGAAUGGAGGGUCCUGUGAGGACCAGAUGGGGGCAUAUAUUUGUAAAUGUAGGACAGGUUACGUUGGGAGUGACUGUGAGAUUGAGCUGGCCAGGCAGUGUGAUGUGGACAAUGGCGGCUGCAUGCACUUCUGUGACGUGGUGGGAAGGCAUGGAGCGGAGUGCCACUGCGCUACUGGCUACAAGCUGGCCGAGGACGGGGUGACCUGUGAGCCAGAGGGAGAUUGGCCAUGUGGCUAUGACAAGAGGGUUGUCCGUCUGAGUGGUGCGGUGCGAACACUGCAGACCAACUCCACCAACUCCACCAACACCACCAACACCACUCUCUCAAGUCCUCUCAACAGCACCACGGACACCAUCACCACCACGGACACCAUCACUAUCACGGCCACCAACGUCUUCCCCAUCUCUGGCAGACUGGUGCCCUCGCACAGCAAGUUACCCAAGUGGGUGCACCAGAGUCAGCAGCCCGCAACAGCACGACCGGAGACCCAGCCACCCAUCACCAACACCACACCAGCUCCUACGGACACCCAGCCACCCAUGACCAACACCGACGACUCCUCUACCGGCAAGAACAAUCAUUUGCGCAUUGUUGGUGGGGAAGAGGUCACACCUGGGGAGAUUCCAUGGCAGGUGGCGCUGGUGAUGCGCUCCACGGGGGCGGUAUUCUGCGGGGGCUCCAUCGUGGGGGAGGAGUGGGUGGUCACUGCUGCUCACUGUCUGGUGGACGCACCGGAGCGAUCGUUCUUUGUCAGAGUGGGUGAGCAUGAUGUCCACAGGUCUGAGGGACACGAACAGGACCUGGAAGUGUCCAAGCGCCACGUCCACCCUCUCUACGCGCCGGCUCAGAACGCCUAUAACCACGACGUGGCGCUGCUGCGUCUGGCCACCCCCAUCAAAUUCUCCCAGUAUGCCCGGCCCAUCUGCCUGGGGCCCAAGACCUUCACGGAGUCCCUGCUCCGCUCUGGGGACGAGGCCACGGUCAGUGGCUGGGGCCGCAUGCGCUACCAGGGCCAGACGUCCAGCCGGCUGCAGAAGGUGGAGCUGCCCUAUGUGGAGCGCACGCAGUGCAAGGAAAGCAGCAGCGACCGCAUCACCUACUUCAUGUUCUGCUCCGGCUACUCUCACAUGGCCAGGGACGCAUGCCAGGGCGACAGCGGGGGCCCCCACACCAUGCGCUACCGGGAGACCUGGUUCCUGACGGGCAUCGUGAGCUGGGGCGAGGAGUGUGCCAAGCAGGGCAAGUACGGUGUGUACACGCGCAUCUCACACUACUACAGCUGGAUGCGCUACGUCAUGGGUCUGAGCAGAAAGAUGCUUGUGGACAUGGUGGACCCAUAACCCUACUCC